GGAAAGAAGAUUUUCUGCUAUUACAGUAGCUUUGCUCAGAACCGCCAGGGCAUCGGGAAAUUUCUGCCCGAAGACAUCGACCCUUUCCUCUGCACACACGUUCUGUUCGCUUUUGUCGACAUCCACCCAAGCGGAACAGAGUUGAUGGCCUUCAACAGAAACGAUGCAGUCCCUGCUGGUCUGUACCAGCGCACCAUCGAGCUGAAGGAGAAGAACCCUGCACUGAAAGUGUUGCUGGCGGUGGGAGGCUGGCAGAUCGGUUCCAAGCCCUUCCUGCCCAUGAUCAGUGACGAGGACAACAUGCGCAUGUGGAUCAAAAAUGUUGUCUCCUACCUGCGCAAGUAUGGAUUUGAUGGGUUCGACAUGGACUGGGAGUUUCCGGCCACCCGAGGCAGUUCUCCAGAGGACAAGUACCGCUACACCAGGCUUAUGAAGGGUCUUUAUGAGGAAUUUGCAGAGGAAGCAGAGGAAACAGGUCGUGAGAAACUUAUUCUCACCAUGGCAACCGCUGCAGGAACCUACUUCAUAGAUCAGUCGUACGAACCGCGGAAACUUAUCCAUUACAUGGACUACAUGUUGCUGAUGACCUACAACUACCACGGCCAAUGGGAGAAGAGGACAGGUCAUCACACCGGUCUGUGGCGACACCGCAAUGACGCUCCAGGUGAACAGUCCGAGCUCCACGUGGAGUGGUCCAUCGACUAUUGGCUGUCCCAGGGCAUUCCCAAGGAGAAGUUGAUCGUGGGGCUGGCCACCUACGGCAUGUCCUACACCCUGGCCAACCCUGAAGUCCACGGUGUCCAUGCUCCGGCUAUAGGCGGCGGUCGCAUGGGACCAUUCACCAAGGAGACCGGAAUUCUCUCUUACUAUGAGAUCUGCCACAACAUCCAGAAUAACGGGUGGAAGACGGGGUGGAUUGAAGACCAAGGCGUACCUUACGCCUAUGGAGGAGACCAGUGGGUGGGAUUUGACAACAUCGACAGCAUCAAAAUGAAGGCUGACCUCAUCAUGAAACGAGACUUGGCCGGGGCUUUCGUCUGGUCAGUUGAAAUGGACGAUUUCGGAGGGAUAUGCGGGGAUGGCAAGUACCCGCUUCUGUCUACUGUCGUCCGGAUACUCAAACCAUACGAAGGUAUUGCCCAGCAUGCGCACGCCGAGACCAAGCCGAAGGCGAAGGUCGCCGAGAGACCUGUUGUUUCCACUUCCGACAGUCACAUCUACACGCAAGCUGUAAGUUCUCCUUGUAGUAAUAACUUUAGCUUGAUUAUAGUACUGUCGGUAAUCAAUCCGAUGUUACAUGAGUUCAAAGAAAAAGUUGUAAUGUAAUGUGUUUUAAAAGUAGGAACAGGCCGCCGUAGAAAUACAUUCACAAAAUUAUAUUCGAAGCACAUGCAACAAUUUUAUUCAAGUAAAUUCUUUAAUUUUUGCUAUUUUUAAAAAAAAACACAUCACGUGUAGCCAACGCAGUCUAGCAGCAGAAGGAUCAAGAUGAACACGUGGGCAAGGCAAACAUGGCGUGCACGCCAGACCACGGAGGUGCCAUGGUGGAAGCGUUCCGCAUUGCCAGGAGGAGAUCACGUGACCCACCUAAACGCCAGACCAACGGGUAGGCCCAUCGUUCCACAGACUACGGCUGCCCCUAAACGCAGUCAUUGGGAGAAUUCUGUUCACGAAGAGGAGAAAGACAAAGAGUGGAAGCAGGAGUCUUCAGCUGGUGCCCAGAGUGCAGGUGGCAGCAUCAUCAACUGCGCAAGCCUUGGUGCAGGGCUCUUCCCUCACCCCAGUGAGUGUGACAAGUUCGUCAUGUGCCUCCCGGGUGCUUGGAUGGACUACCCGCCCCACAUCAUGUCCUGCCCGAUGGGCACAAAGUAUGAUGUGAAAAUCAAGGUGUGCAAUCAUGCGUCCAGUGUCGACUGUUGAGAUUUGAUAAGCUGUGUUCAUUGUGUUAUUUACCACGAUUUGUAUGGCUGGUUGAUAUGACGCAUUUCUUUUCCCUUUCUGUUAAUUAUGUCUGUCGGUCUGCUUGUCUUUCUUUCUUUUUGUCGGUCUGCGUCUCUCUUUGCUCUCUGUAUUUAUGUGUAAAUAUAUAAGCUAAAUCUCAUUCACAUUUUAAUUCUUAAAAGAAAGCUUUCAUUCAUGAUCUCAUUAUCGGCUUACUCCAUCUUUCGGCUCGUGAUUACCCUGCCCUCAGUAAUUAUUAUGAUCUCGUACGGACUGAAUGUCUUCUUUGACUGCACGCCGACAGUGAGAUGUUUGCUUGUGGGUUGAAAGUGUGCUUGUCAUUAGCUGGAAGUGUGCUUGUCAUAAGCUGGAAGUAUGCUUGUCAUUAGCUGGUAGUUGCUUGUCAUUAAAAUGCAAUCAAUGUUUGUCAUGAAAUGUAAAGCAAGUUUGUAGCAAAUUGACCUCUCACACACAUAAAUGGGAUCAAAGCAAUUUUUGAUGCCAGGGCAUGCAGGAAAACCGUUUUAUUUUGUAAACUUCCUUUAUUUAUUCUGUCACUGGAUUGUUAAAUAGUUGUCCUAACGACUUGCAAAAAAAAAAAAAACCACAAACAAACAAACAAACAAACAAACAAACAAACAAACAAACAAACAAACAGACGGGCUAGAGAAAACCAGGAGAAAAGUGUUUAUAAUUGUAAUAAGUGUUUGAGAGGAGCUGAAAGUGUGUAUAUAUAUAUAUGUUUCUUUGCUGGGCUGUGCAUUGCGAUUUCAUCGUGUUGUAAAAUCAAUGACUUUCUCAAGGUCUCCGAUGUAAAUAAUUCUACUUGCAGCUGUGUUAAAAAUCAUCAGGUUACCUUUAUAUUUGUCUCAUUUACUGACAAAAAUAAAGGAUUAUUCUAGUGUGCUUAUGUAAAUAACAAGAAAGAAAAGUUUGUAGAUAAAUGGGUGAGUGAAUAUCAAGCUUACAUGUCAGCUGUGUAUAUCAUUAAUGAGCUUUCUUAAUGUGCUACUGUACUGCUCUGUGUACAAAGAUCAAUGCAAAAUAAAAUGUAUAGAAAUG